UUCCCUCCCUGGUUUCUGCCUCUUUCCACCUGGGCCCUUUUUCUUGUCUGUUUCUCUUGAUGCUCCAGCACCAUGAGCCGCCAAUUUAGUUCUCAGUCUGCAUUUAGUUCAAGGAGCAGGAGGGUUUAUAGUACUAGAGCUUCUGCAGGCUGUGGUGGUGGGAGCCGGGCUGUGGGGUCUGUGUGUCAGGCCCAAGGGAGGUGUGGUGGUGGUGGGUAUGGGAGCUACGGAAGGGGGUUUGGCUCUAGGAGCCUCUACAAUCUGGGUGGUAGUAAAAGCAUUUCCAUUAGCCUAGUGGGGAGAAGUGCCAGUGGUUUCCGCCAGGGUGGGGGAGCAGGAGGAGGAUUUGGAGGGAGUAGAGGCUUUGGGGGUGGUGGCUUUGGAGGUGGUGGUUUUGGAGGUGGUAGUUUUGGGGGUGGUGGCCAUGGAGGAGGUGGUUUUGGGGGUGCUAGAUUUGGGUCUAGCAAUUUUGGGCUUGGGGGCUUUGGUCUUUCUUGUCCUCCGGGGGGCAUCCAAGAGGUGACCAUUAACCAGAGCCUCCUAGAGCCACUUCACCUGGAGGUGGACCCUGAAAUUCAGAGAAUCAAGACCCGGGAGCGAGAGCAGAUUAUGGUUCUCAACAACAAGUUUGCCUCCUUCAUUGACAAGGUGCGAUUCCUGGAGCAGCAGAACCAGGUGCUACAAACGAAAUGGGAGCUGCUGCAGCAGGUGAACACCUCAACUCGGACCAACAACGUGGAGCCCAUCUUUGAGAACUACAUUAGUCAGCUGCAGAAGCAGGUGGAUUUUCUCAAUGCAGAACAGAUGCGCCAGAACUUGGAGGUCAGGAGCAUGCAGGAUGUUGUGGCGGAUUACAAGACCAAGUAUGAGGAUGAAAUCAACAAGAGGACCAGCAGUGAGAAUGACUUUAUCGUUCUGAAGAAGGAUGUGGACGCUGCUUAUAUCAGCAAAAUGAACCUGCAGUCCAGGGUGGACACUCUGUCUGGGGAGGUCAAUUUCCUGCAAUAUUUAUUCAUGACGGAGCUGUCCCAGAUGCAGACUCACAUCAGUGACACCAAUGUCAUACUGUCCAUGGACAACAACCGCUUCCUGGACCUGGACAGCAUCAUCGACGCAGUGCGGACCCAGUAUGAGCUGAUUGCACAGAGGAGCAAGGACGAGGCUGAGGCACUGUACCAGACUAAGUACCAGGAGCUCCAGAUCACGGCAGGGAGACAUGGAGAUGACCUGAAAAACAGCAAGAUGGAGAUUUCCGAGCUCAACCGCACAAUCCAGAGGCUUCAGGCAGAGAUCAGCAAUGUCAAGAAGCAGAUUGAACAGAUGCACUCGGCCAUUUCGGGUGCAGAAGAGAGAGGAGAGCAGGCCAUCCAGGAUGCACGGCAGAAGCUGCAGUACAUGGAGGAGGCCCUGCAGCAGUCCAAGGAGGAGCUGGCCCGGCUGCUGCGUGACUACCAGGCGAUGCUGGGGGCCAAGCUAUCCCUGGACAUGGAGAUCGCCACCUACCGCAAGCUGCUGGAGGGCGAGGAGAGCAGGAUGUCAGGAGAGCUGCAGAACCAUGUGAACAUCUCGGUGCACAGCAGCCAGGUGAACAUCGGCGGCGGCGGCGGUGGCGGCGGCGGCCGAGGCUCCGGAGGUUACGGCGGCGGCGGCGGCGGCGGGGGAAGUUACGGGGGCGGGGGCUCCCCAGGGGGCCGUGGAGGUGGUUAUGGGAGCGGCAGCGGCGGGAGCUACGGAGCAAGCAGCAGAAGCGGCGGCGGCUCGUCCCGCGUGCAGAUCAUCCAAACUUCCACCAACACCUCCCACAAGCGAAUCCUGGAUUAGAGGCCACCCUCCUGCGACGCCGCACCAAUCUCUCCUGUCCCUCGCACCCCGCUCCCCUCGCCCCACGCCCUGCCUGCCUCCCUCUCGCUUACCUUCUGAUGGAUCUCGAUAGUUUUGCCAAUAAAUCCGAGUCUAGGUGGGGAAGCAGGGUGGAGAAGCCCAAAGGGCAGCUCUCUCGUUGGAGGGCACUCAGCCACAUUCUCACUCAGACUCCGCUCCUCUGGCGCUGCUCCCGUCCCUGGGGACAUCCAGAGGCCUACUUUUGCUGCGGGGAAAGAGAGGCUUAGAGCAUCUAAGAGGAGGAUAAUCUGAGUUGAUGUCUCCACCCCAUACUCCCUUUCCUGCACUCUGUAAACAAUAAUCCACCGGGGCGCUCACAAAAUGAUCCCUUCGGGCAAGUAGCUGGUUGCAAGGCAACUAGCUUGGACAGGGGAACCUCCGCACCAGGGGACAGUCCCUGCCUCUUGGUCUGCAGCCUGUUACUUUUAUGUUGAUGGAGAGUGUAGAUUUGCCGCCUACUCAGAUGCCUGUAAGUCAUGUCUGUUCUGAUUCUGAAUCUCUGUCUGGAGAAGCAUCGUCCCCUGGGUUAACAGACCAAGGUGGGAUUAUUUCAGAGGGCAUGGGGGCAUGAGUACUCAUCCAAAGGAAGGACUGUUCUUAGCAGUGGAUGGAGGAGUGGAUGGACAAUCAAGUUCUGCUUCUGUCCUGUACCCUCCCGACAGCUCCAUGCUUUGGAAGGCUGAACCUUCCUGAACUCUGCUCCAUAACGACCCUACCAAGAAUAACUCAGCUGGCUGAGCACAUGCAGUCUAGCCCUGCUCCAUCCAGGUGCCCAGGCCUGAGUGGUCCAAGAAUCUGAUUUGGGUCUUGGGAGGGUUCCAAUCCUAAGCCAGUUUGGAAGCUGCUGUUUUUUGCAAGGCAGUAUACUGCUCUUUCCCAGACCUCAUAAGUCCUUUCUACCUCUGUUCUCUGUGGCUCUGAGCAUUUGUGAGAAUUUGACUCCUAAUUUUGGGUCUUAUGUAAGAUGCUUGAGAUGGGCUGGAGGGAGCAGGAAGGGGGAAAUAUCAGCCAAGUGAUGCGCCUUGAGAGAGGGAAUGUGGCUUUACUUCUGAGAUCUAGAGUCAUCUCCGCUUGCCUGCAUAGUCCUCACACAGCCUCCAAGUCCAGAUUCUCUCGGGGCAUCUGAUGGACUCAGUAUGGGUCCCUUGGGGAAUGCUUGUGAUUACAUCAUUACCUGGUUCAAAAUUGUACCUUGAAGGGCUUGGCAUUUUUGGUGUUUCCAUAAUAAAAUUUUCUGUUAUCUCAAA